AAACGCAGUGAAAUACGUACUUUUAAGAAAUCGGGCAAUAGAAUUCUUCCUCAAUCCUCAAUCCAGCCAUUCUCUCACAAAACUAAACCCUAACACACUUCUCAAUCUCUCGUGCUACUGGCCAAAAAGCCCAACACCAACGUGAGACCCAAGUUCCUCCAUUGAUUCUCGAAAGGCUGCAAAUAAUGGUCUGCUUGGGCAUAAUUACCUCAUCUGAGGCUUGCUGAUCAGUUCUACUGCCCUUCCGUGUUGAUUGUCCGCAUUUAGUAGGAAUUUUUUGUAAAAAGGAAGAAAAGCAUAAUUUAGGUCCCCCAUUUGUGUAAUUUGUAAACAAUGCUGCAUUUUAUAAUUUUAUCUGUGUAUUAUAACUGAAAUCAUUUGACCUGAAUUGAAUUCUUCCACCCAUUAUAUCUUCUUUCCACUGAUUGGCCUGCUAUACAUAACUGCAGAGUUUUUGGGGAUUCUAAUUUUGCUUUAUUUAUAUAUCCAAAAGGCUUUUGACGUCUUUACCUUUAAUUGCUUGAUUGCCUGGACUCCAAGAAGUUCACAAUUCUGUAAGAUGGAGAGCUUGGCACACCUUGAAGCAUUGUGCGAGAGGCUCUACAACUCUCAAGAUUCGGCUGAACGAGCACAUGCAGAGAAUACUCUCAAAUGCUUCUCAAUAAACAGUAGCUACAUCUCACAGUGCCAAUACAUUUUAGACAAUGCAUCAACACCUUAUGCGUUAUUGAUGGCUAGUUCAAGCUUGUCGAAGCAAGUGACAGAUCAGCAUCUAUCUUUGCAGCUUCGGCUUGAUAUUCGAAACUAUAUCAUAAAGUACCUGGCCACAAGAGGACCUGGUUUGGAGUCUUUUGUAACUGCUUCUCUAAUCCAACUGUUUUGCCGGGUUACAAAGUAUGGGUGGUUUGAAGAAGACAGUUUCAGGGAUGUGGUUAAGGAAUCAACAGUCUUUUUGAAUCAGACACCAUUGCAUUAUGCCAUUGGUUUGAAGAUAUUGAAUCAACUGAUUUCUGAGAUGAAUCAGCCAAGUCCUGGGUUGCCGUCAACACAACAUCGAAGGGUGGCUUGCUCCUUCAGAGACCAGUCACUUCUUCAAAUAUUUCAAAUAUCCCUUACUUCAUUGUGUCAACUGAAGAAUGAUGCUGGUGGCAAGUUACAAGGACUGGCCAUUUCACUAUCCCUCAGGUGUUUAUGUUUUGAUUUUAUGGGAACUACAGUUGAUGAAAGUUCAGAAGAUUUUAGCAAUAUUCCGUUGCCGCUUGCAUGGAAACAAGUCAUCGAGGACCCCUCAACCGUACAAAUAUUCUUUGAGUACUACGAAAUCAAUGAAUCGAACCUAUCAAAGGAGGCUUUGGAGUGUCUGGUUCGCCUUACUUCUAUUAGAAGAUCCCUCUUUUCAAAUGAUGCAUCUAGGAUGAAAUACUUGUCACAACUGAUGAAAGGAACCAAAGAUAUUCUACAAACAGGCAAAGGGCUUACAGAUCAUGAUAAUUACCAUGAGUUUUGUCGUCUUCUUGGACGCUUUAAAGUAAACUAUCAGCUCCAAGAGCUUGUAAGUGUUGAAUGCUAUGGUGAUUGGAUACGGCUAGUGGCUGAGUUCACUCUUAAAUCUCUACAGUCGUGGCAGUGGGCCAGUGGGAGUAUAUACUACCUCCUUGGGCUCUGGUCUAGAUUGGUGUCAUCUCUAUCAUAUUUGAAGGGAGACAUUCCAAGCCUUCUUAAUGAGUUUGUACCUGAGAUUCUGAGGUGUUUUGUCACAUCAAGAUUCAGUACUUUUCAGGCUGGAGUUUCUGAUCCUUCGGACAAUCCUCUUGAUAAUGUGGAGCUUUUACAUGAGCAGCUUGAUUGCCUUCCUUACCUUUGUAGAUUUCAGUAUGAGAGCUUCAGCGCAUAUAUUAUACAGAUUACAGAUCCACUUCUGCAGUUGUAUAUGGAAGCAAUUGAACUCCAAACCAUUUCUGUUGUUGAAACUAAACUUGCUUGGAUAGUGCAUAUAGUUGCAGCUAUUGUUAAGACAAAGCAACUCAGUGGUUACAGUGGGGAUUCACAGGAAAUUCAUGAUGCUGAGAUUUCAGCGCGUGUACUUCGGUUGAUAAACAUUACCGAUAGUGGGUCACAUACUCAGAGAUACACUGAAACAAGUAAACAAAGGCUUGACAAGGCUAUUCUCAUCUUCUUUCAAAACUUCAAAAGAUCAUAUGUUGGAGACCAAGCAAUUCAUUCAUCAAAGCUGUUAUAUGCUAAAUUGUCAGAACUUCUUGGGCUACAUGAUCAUAUGCUGAUCUUGAAUGUCAUUAUAGGGAAGAUUGCGACUAAUCUUAAAUGCUAUGUCGAGAGUGAUGAAGUUGUUGAUCAGAGUUUAAAACUCAUAUUGGAAAUGGCCACCGGAUAUAUGACGUCAAAGCUUCUUCUGAAAUUGGAUACCACUCAGACAAUAAUCUCCAAUUGUAAUAGGGAACAGUUCCCUUUUUUAAGGGAUUGCAGGGGUUCUCGCUGCAGAACAACAUUCUACUACAUUUUAGGCUUGUUGAUCUUCAUGGAAGACAGCUUUUUGAAAUUUAAAGCAUCAAUGGAUCCACUUCAGCAGGUUUUCCUGAGACUGGAAUCAACACCAGAUUCAUUAUUCCGCUCUGAAGAUGUGAAACAAGCUCUAGUAGGAUUGAUGAGAGAUCUUAGAGGAAUUGCACAGGCUACUAGUAGUCGAAGGACAUAUGGUUUCCUCUUUGAGUGGAUAUAUCCAAUGCAUAUGCCACUUAUCUUGAAAGGCCUCACUGUAUGGGCUGAUGUUCCAGAGGUCACAACACCAAUACUCAAAUUCGUUGCUGAGAUUGUGCUGAACAAGUUCCAACGUUUAUGUUUUGAAACAUCAUCUGCCAAUGCGAUACUGCUUUUCAGGGAAGUCAGCAAAUUGAUAGUUGUUUAUGGAUCAAGAAUUCUUUCGCUUCCCAGUCAGUUGGAUAUGUAUCAGUUCAAGUACAAGGGGAUGUGGAUUUCCCUUACUAUUCUCAUAAGAGCUCUCAGUGGGGACUAUGUCAAUUUUGGAGUUUUCGAGAUAUAUGGGGAUAGAGCACUUGCUGAUUCUUUAGAAGUUGCUCUGAGGAUGGUUUUAUCAAUUCCUUUGGCUGAUGUACUGGCAUACAGAAAGCUGGCAGCAGCCUACUUCACAUUUCUGGAGGUUCUUAUGAAAGUACAGAUCUCGUUCAUUUUAAAUUUGGAUACAAACAACUUUAUGUUUAUUGCUCGGUCUCUUGAGUCUGGUCUUAAAGUACUGGAUGCAAAUAUAAUGACACAGUGUGCAUCGGCUGUGGACUAUUUGGCAACUUUCUAUUUUGAAUGCAUAACAUCUGGAAAGUCACAUGCAUCCCCAGUCGCUCAUAAACUUGCUCAGCAUUUCUCAGAUUGCUCUAAUUUUUUUCUUGAAAUAUUGAAAACCCUCUUUGAGAUUGUUUUGUUCGAAGAUUGUGGCAGCCAGUUGAGCCUUUAUAGACCAAUGCUGAGUUUAAUACUAAUAAGUGAUGAGAUGUUCUCAAAUUUGAGGGCUCAGAUUUUGGCAUCACAACCGGGUGAUCAGCAGCAACGACUAUCUCUGUGUUUUGAUAAACUAAUGGCUAAUAUAAACCGAAGCUUGGAUCAGAAAAAUAGGGAGAAGUUCUCAAGCAAUAUAGUGAGAUUCCGCAAUGAAUUCCGGACCAGAUAAUGUUUCACCUCUCACUGGUCAGGAGUCGUUUUUUUGUACAUGAUAAUCCGAUCACGCCAUCCCCACACCCUCUCAGACUAGACAAACCAACACUGGAUACACAAAAAGAAUUGCAACGAGAGGGGAGGGAUGAAAAGGAUGAGAUAUAGGAAAUGUAGUAGGAAAAGAAAACACAUCUUCACAAGUUCCCAAUCCUAUAUCUGCUUUCUUUUUUGUCUUGUAUGCCAACACGAAUAUUUUGUACAGUCAUAGAUUGUGGUUUUUGUUAUCGUUACUGGUAUCACCUUGCCUUGUGUUCAACUUAUGGUUAGAUUUCAUGGGUGGCACAAGUGGUUUG